AUUUAACUCAAAAUUAAUCUGCCCAAUUAUCUGAAUGGAAUAAUACAACCUAUUAUUGUUAAUACCUAAUGAUUAAAGUAGGCUAUGUAACGAUUUAGAGACUUUUCAUUCAAUUAAAAAGCCUUGACUAUUCAUCGACAUUGCUUAAUUUGACAAAACCACAUUUGCAUUGCACAGUGGCACAACGCUUAACCAGUAGUUCUGCGAUUAAAUAAAAUUAAAAUUAGCCUACAUUUAGUUUUAGGAAGUCACUGCAACAAAUGCACAAAAGUUGACGCAUUUAAGAGACAUUUAUGAUCACAAUGGGGAUUAAUUUCGCAAACACCCAAGAAAAAAGCAACAUAGCCUACACAUGAAAAAAUCAGAAAUCACUACCGCGAAACAGGAGAAACACAUAGGCCUAAUUGUCAUAUAUAGAAUAUGGAUAUGCCUAAUCGUGUUGCUACUCCAUAUAUCGCCGACAUUUGAUUUGCCAUAACAUCGUAUUGCAUAGUAUCGUGUGUGUGUGUGUGUGUGUGUGUGUGUGUGUGUGUGUGUGUGUGUGUGUGUGUGUGUCUGUGUCUAUGCAUGUGUGUGUGGCCGCUUUGUCCAGUAUUAGACGCCAGAUGACGCUCUUGUCUAACGGUCUCGCCCUUUUUAGCCCAGACCCUUAGAUAAUUUCCAUACCGAGAAGUUAUCGGACACGUUUCACUGUCUAUCAAUAACCUCCUGGGGAUCAAGCCAAUUUAUGACUGGCCCAGGAGCUGCACGUGAUUCUAUUUAAACAUUCCAUAUUUGGGCAUUACACGUCGUAUCAAGAAAAAAAAAGAAAAUGAUUUCCUCCUCCUAUAAAUCCUGCUCUUUUUUAGGACAAGCCCAACGUCCUCUAGAAAUACAAAUAAAGUCCAAUAAACAAAUAAAACUUCUAAACAACUUAUGUCUACUUUAUUAGCUGAUUCAAUCUCUGCUGUGAUCGGGGGCUUUUUGUGACUCUCUCUCUAAGGUUAGGCUACUAUAUUGUUUUGGAAAUAGAAUGAGCUCAUACGUUGGAAAGUCUUUUUCUAAGCAAACGCAAGACGCCUCCUCUUGUAGAAUGCACACUUUUGGCAACUAUCGUGUUCACUCUGAGUUUCACGAGUCCAAUUACGCGUACGAAGGACUUGAUAUCGGCGGAUCCUUCAGUUCUCAAAUCCCCUCCAACUCUUUGAAACGGGAGGCGAUAAACACAAGCGACCGAGCAAGGACCAGUGCAGCAGUUCAGCGAACACAGUCCUGUUCAGCUCUGGGCGCUCAUAGCUUUGUAAGCACUCACGGGUACAACCCCCUCAGUCACGGACUGUUGAGCCAAAAAGCCGAGGGGAAUAUGGAAGUUAUGGAGAAGCCCAGCGGCAAGAGCCGCACAGACGAUAUCAAAAUGGAGACUACUUCAUCGAUAAAGCAACAAACUAACUCGACUCAGCGUCAGAACCAGUCGCAGCCGCAGAUAUAUCCGUGGAUGACAAAGCUUCACAUGAGCCACGAAUCUGACGGUAAAAGGUCACGAACCAGUUACACCCGGUACCAGACUCUGGAGUUGGAGAAAGAGUUCCAUUUCAACCGAUACCUCACACGUCGCAGACGUAUCGAGAUUGCCAAUAACCUCUGCUUGAACGAGCGGCAAAUUAAAAUUUGGUUCCAGAACCGUCGCAUGAAGUGGAAGAAGGACUCAAAGUUGAAAGUGAAAGGAGGACUAUAAAUUAUGUGGUGCACGGCUUCAAUUGAAAAGCCUGAAAAUAAAGGCGGUGUUAACUUGAAACGACAAAUGAUUAGAUUUUGUUGUUGACAACAUUAAAUGUCUUUCAUUUGUCUACAAUAUCAUGUUGUUGUGUGAAUAUGUCAAUAUUUUCGAUAUUUAUUGAUAGUGCUCUCUCCCGGAAGAUGCUUAUUUGAAUAAUGUAGGCCUGUAAACUUAAACUUUAUUUGAAUAUGACUUACUAAAACCACUAAUAACCAAGAUAAUAUACCAUGGUCUGCAUCCAGUUACGUUGACUUCAAUGUAAGUGCAAAUAAUGUGGUGCUUUGUUUGAACAUUUAUCAAUCUUCCCUUUGCAUAUUGAAUUUUGAUGGAACUUGUCUUUUUAUCCAUUGUACUUUCUGUCGUAAAUACAUCAUAGUAAACCACACUCCAUGAUAAUAAUGCAACAACUGUAGUGUCAUAUUAAACGCUGUCUAUCAUGUUGUCUGUCAACCAGCAGCCAAAUGGUAAUUUUAUCUCCAUUAUUAUGUCUGUUGAAAUACUGUGCGUUCAUAACAUUUUGCUCUUUAAUUGAAUGUGUUUUUGGGCACAUUUUACAGGCAGACACCUUAAUUUUUCUCACACUCUACUCUUAAGUAUAUAGGCAAGUAUACUGUAGGAGUGGCUUAUACCUCUCAUACCAAACAAACUACACGACCUACUUUUGUGUGAACCGCAUAUAUUAUCCAUUACUUCUGAUAUUCUUACCAUUUGUUUUCGAAGUUUCAUUGUUAAGCCACAUCCAGUCAACAAUUAAUCAUCACAGUAACAAGAUUCAAUUGCUAAACAUUUCAGAAAGUUUUGUCAGCUCUGGGUUAACAGCCUCCUGUGUCCAAUAAAACCUCUAAUGUGGUAGGCCUAUCUUUGUAAAUAAAAUCGAUGAAAUGUAAAGAAUGUCCUAUUGGUCUGACACAAGAAAAAUAAUGAGUCUCUCUUUAAACAAAAUGCAUUUUUUGGAUUCAAGGCCCAUUUGAUACCUCGUGCAGGGUUAAGAGAAGGAAACGUUCUGUGCGAAAUAAUAUGAUUUUGGUACAAUAGUCGUGUAUUAAUAGAGGACCAAGUGUGCAUGUGUAUACUUCCAGUGAUGAGACAUGAUUGAACUUUAACGCCCUGGUCACUUAUUUACAGUAGCCCUGUAACGGAGGCACAUAAAACUUUAUGACCCCAAUAAACUUUUACAGCACUUCCUCUCACCCAUCAGGCACUGACAACUGUUUCCUUUUUUAACAAAUCGGCGGAAGUUUACACAAACAUUUCAAAGUGACGUUUUGCUGUACAAACCCCUUAAAUCAAUAAGAUAGUUUGCACAUUUAAUAAAAUACUGCGCACUACUAAAUUAUAAUAUACGUUUUUUAUGUUUUUGAAAUAUGAAGCGAAAGCGUAAAGCAUUUAAUUAAAGACGUUUAAAGUUAAUUGCUCACACCUUAUUGUUGAAAUUUGUCAUUUAGAAAAUGAGACAUGAUGUUAGCCACCUUAUGUGCAGAAAUCACAGUCCAGGCCCAUGUCAAACAAAGGACAUAGGAGCGUUGACUGUGUGAACAAAAUGCUAAUAUUCGACUGGCUUGUUCUAGUUUUUCUUAAUUCACGCCUUCUCGGCGCUGUCGAUGUAUUUGAAAUCCUACCGAACAUUUUAAUCUCCAUGUUUCUGAAUGCUAACAUUAUAUACACACACUAAAAUAUAAAAACAGUCAGCUAGUCAAUAUAUAGUACUAAAAUUGCUUUCAUUUUAGAAUCGUCUCACUCACCUAUAUUGGAGAUUCAAUGUAAAUUUCCAUGCUUCUUUGAAUUUCUACACUCGCUAUCUUGACCACAUUGCGAGUUACUGUGGUUACUAUGUUGCUUUUUACACAAACCCCUCUUUUUUUAGCUCUCUUGCCACGUAUUUUGAAGUUUUGAAGGUUAUUUAUGCCAAUUGCCCAAAGCAAGACCAGUGAGUGGUGCAGGAAGAGCACGUGGGGUCAUUAAAGUGGGUUUUAUGGCCUGCAAGACCUGACAAACCCUCAAUAUAUUUACAUCAUAUAUAAUGUUAACUGUCCGUAAUCGCAGCUGUUGGCUAGUCUUAUCUCUGAGAGAAAGGCUUAGAGCCUGUUAGUGCGGGUUACUCGCGUCAGGGUCUGUAGAAGUUCGACUCUCCCAAAUGGAUCCCAGGCGGUUGCAGUAAGUUAAUAAUCUUGUUUUCCUCUUUUUAAUUAAAUAUGUACGUUCCUCCGCAACACCCACGGGAAUUAAUCAAGGAUGUAAUUCAAUAGUUCAUGGAGAAAUCGUGUCAAGUGGUGCGCAAAUGUGUCCUCGUCUGUUCAGUUUUGAUCAAUUUUAACGUUUGUGCAUUUGUACUGUUAAUUUGGCGUUGAUAUGGAAUUAUUGUUCUGGCAGCAGCUUGAAAUCUAAUUCUGUAUAUCAUGACUCAUAUGUAUUUUAAAAACAUCUUGUAUGCAACUUAAAAGCAUUGUGCAUGUGUGUGCAUGUGUAAUUAAUAUUUGAGUUGUAGUAUAUCCAAUCAAAAUGCUAGUGAAAAAUGCUUCAUUUGUCCCUAGGAAGUGUAUGUUGUGGUAAAAGUGACGGUGAAGGACCGAGAAGCUAAGUGAUCUCGUAUUGGUUUGCAGAUAAGAGCGCCGAACAUAUAUCUUUAGAUCGGACAUAAUGUGGGGUCAUGUGCAGGGCAGAGAAGAUUUGGUGUUGUGUGGUGGGGUCAUGUACAGGGCAGUGUGGAUGAAGAGUCACAUGAUUAACUUAACAAAAAACAUAACUGAAAUGACUCCAAAUGGUUCAAAGUCACAUGAAAAAAGUAUACAUUUUAUU